UCUCUCUUCAGCAGCAGCAGCACUGCGGAAACCGUCUCUGUUCUCUUCUCUCUUCAUUCAUCAUGAGCUCAAUGAGUUACAACCCUUAUCUCCCGUCUGUGCAGCGCAGGCGGAUUGUGGUGCGUAGCGGGACACCCUUUGGUGGAGGAAGCAGUCGCUCUCGUUCUGUCUAUUCGACCUAUUCAUCCCCAUCCCGUGCUUCUGUUCUCUCCUCUGGUGCGGGUCUGCAUCUUUCUGCUGCCUCUGCAGAUAUGGAACUGAGCCAGGCCACUCAGCUGAGCUCAGAGUUUAAACAAGUGCGGACCCAGGAGCGAGCCCAGCUUCAAGACCUCAACGAUCGCUUUGUCAGCUUCAUUGAGCGCGUACAUGGCUUGGAGCUCCAAAAUCGUGCACUGGAGUCAGAGCUGCUCUUGCUGCGCCAGAGGCACUGUGAACCUUCCCGACUCCGGGGUCUGUAUGAACAAGAGGCAAGGGAACUUCGUGCGGCGGUAGAUGAGGCCCGCAGGGAGCGCCAAGCUGCUCAAGAAAGGCGUGACCGAUUGGAAGAGGCACUUAAGGCCUUGCAGAGUCGCUAUGAAGAAGAAGUUCUUGCCCGUGAGGAAGCUGAAGGCCGGAUGAUGGAUGCCAGAAAGGGAGUGGAUGAGGCGGCAUUGGCCCGCUCUGAGCUUGAAAAACGUGCUGACACCUUGCUGGAUGAGUUGGCCUUCCUCAAGAGGCUGCAUGAAAGUGAAAUCGCAGAGCUUCAAGCUCAGGUGCAGUACACCGCCCAAGUGUCAGUGGAGAUGGAAGUGGCAAAACCGGACCUCUCUGUGGCUCUCCGAGACAUCAGAGGUCAGUACGAGCGCCUGGCUCAGCAGAACAUCCAGGCCGCUGAGGAGUGGUUCCGCGGGAAGGUGAGCACAAUGGCGGAAGACACGGCUAAACACACGGAGAACAUCCGCACGGCGAAAGAUGAGGCUGGGGAGUACCGUCGCCUUCUGAAAGCUCGAGAUCUAGAGAUUGAGGCAUGUCAGGGACUGAACCAAGCUCUGGAGAGGCAACUUCAAGAAGUCGAGGAGAAGCAGAGUGCAGAGAUCGCUGCCUUACAGGAUACUAUCGGUGACCUGGAGAAUGAACUAAGGACAAUGAAGAGUGAAAUGGCACGUUAUCUUAAAGAAUAUCAGGACCUUCUUAAUGUGAAAAUGGCCUUGGAUAUUGAGAUUGCUGCCUACAGGAAGCUUCUAGAAGGAGAAGAAACCCGCUUUAACGUGGGCGGCAUUGGUGGAAUCUCUAGUGUGUUUUCUCCCUCCAUUGCUGCCACUCCUUCUUUUGGUCGUCCUGUAUUCUCAGUUCAGGCAAGCCUGACCUCUGGCGCCCCCUAUCUAUUGGGAACCAGACUGAUGAGUUACUCUGCCUCACCAUAUGAGAUCAUAGAAGCCACCCAGGCGCAGGAGGCUGAGGCAAGUCCUGAGAAAGAAGAGGAGGAGGAAGAGGAGGAGGAACAGCAAGAGGAAGCAGAGGAGGGAGAAGAAGAGAAGGAGGAGGAAGAAGAAGAGGGUGAGAAGGAGGAGGAAGAGGAAGAAGAAAAAGAAGAAGAGGAAAAAGAAGAGGGGGAGGAAGGUGGUGAAGAAGGAGGAGAGGAAGAAGGAGAACAGGAAGAGGAAGGAGAAGAGGAAGAGGGAAAGGAGGAAGGAGGAGAAGAGGGUGAUGAAGGUGAAGAAGAUGAGGCUGAGAAGGAUGAUGCUGGAAAAGAAGAGGAAAAAAAGAAAGGAGGAGAGGAGAAAGAUAGCAAAGCUGAGAAAGCCAAGCCAAAAGAGAAGUAAACAUCCUGAACCAAACCCCCUGGUGCUAGCUAUAGGUGUUCAAACCUUGUCAACUUCAACUUCACUGUGCCCUAAUGCUUGAUUUCAGAUUCUGUUCAAACAGCAAACAAUAAUGUACACAAAACAAGAAUAAUAAACGCAUCCAUAGGGAGCACCCAGAGCCAGAGUAGCCUAUGCAUGAAUACAUGCCUUAUGUUUGCGCUUGGCAGGGAUUGUGUUGGUUUGAUUGUGUUUAUUUAUUAAAAUGCAAAUUAUAUAAUUAUUUGAGCAUUGUGUCAGUAUGCCUUCAGCAUUUAUCUACCAAUUAACUGCCUAUGAUAACACAAGUGUGCUUAUUCAAAAUGCCUUAGAACAAAUCCUCAAAGAAAGGUUCAUUGCCUACUAAUAAAAACUUGACAAACCUCCUUGAA